GAGACACGUGUUCUCGCUUGUGUAGCUUAAGGGGGAUGAGGUUAGUGCGUAAAGUCCUAUGGGAGAUAAUCGACUUUCGUAAAUUUUUUAAUCUUGUCAUUCGCGACAUAACCCGGCGAAAUUUCAAGAAUGGACGCGCUGACGCCGGGAAAUUUGACGGGCUCGCAGCGGGAGGAGCUGAUGCAGCAAGUGAAACAUCAAAUGGCAAUCGCCAAUGCCCAGGAACUGCUCACGAGAAUUACGGAAAAGUGUUUUAAAAAGUGCAUAAGCAAGCCGGGCACCUCGCUGGAUACCUCGGAACAGAAAUGCAUAGCAAUGUGCAUGGAUCGAUACAUGGACUCCUUUAAUCUCAUAUCAAAAACAUAUGGUGAGCGAAUCCAAAGAGAGCGCAAUAGACUGUAAAUAUAAAAAUUCAUGAAAAUGUAUUGUUAUUUGGUAUCCAUAUCUGUCAUUUAAUGGCACAAUCAAUGGGUCAUAUAGUGUUCAUUAGUUAUUACAGAUGUACUUUUUUUUACGAAAUUCAUACAAAAAGUAUGAAGUUCAUGAACAGUCAAGCAUAAUACAUUAUCAUUUUUCACAUGAAAAAUUGAUAUAAUAUACUACUGUAAAUUAUGUACGAUACAAUUAAAAUACACUUGUAACAUAAUGUCGCUAUCUAUAAUUAAAAAAAUACAGAGAGAAAGAGAGAGAGAGAGAGAGAGAGAG